UCAUUUAAAAUGUGCUUGGUGGUCGAACAGAGCGUUCAGAACUGUUUGAUAACCGAACAACACACAACUUUCAAAGUAUAAUUUUGUUAAUCAAAAUGAAAUAUUUCUUGGCAACUCUAUUCGUUGUUGCACUUUAUUCGUCAGGCACUGAUUGUGCGUUUGAUUGGGGGCACAUUGGUAAAUCGAGCGUGGAUAUUGUGAGCGGUGUUGUGCAAAAAAUACCGGAUGCAAUCCCAUCACCAAAAGAAUUAUUCGAAACUGGCAAAAAUUUAAUCGCCGGCUAUCCAUUUGAAUAUGCUUUUUCGGCAAUCAAUACAUUUUGUGCUGCAGCUCUUUCAACAAAAACUAUACAGCCGCUCAUCACACCAAAUAUAGAUCAUAUGAAUUUUGUGCUAAAAAUUGAAAAUUUAAGCAUUGCAGUGCCACUGAAAGAACCCAAACAGCUAUGGACGUUGCCAGAAUUUAAUCCGAAACUACCGCUCAUCCUGAUGAUCAGCGGCUGGACAACGAAUUUUAAUGACAGUGCAAAUCCCACAGUCGAUAAAAUUUACGAGGCCUAUCGGUGCAGAGGAAAUGUUAAUUUUGUGACUAUUGAUCCAGCUGCUUUUGUCGAUACAUUGUACACAUGGUCGGCUUUUAACACCGAGGAAAUCGGCAAUUUAAUUGCAAUUUCAUUGGAAAUAUUGAUAAAAAACUACCCUAUUCAAAAUAUUCACUUAAUCGGUCAUUCCCUUGGGAGUCACAUUUGUGGUUCAGCCGGCCGAAAUUUGUUUUACAAAACUGGUAAAUUGCUGCCCAAAAUUACAGCCUUAGAUCCUGCCAACCCUUGCUUUAAUCCGGGCGAAACUCUAACUGGACUAUCCCGUGGUGACGCUGAAUUUGUUUUGGUAGUCCAUUCGAAUAGCGGCGGUUUGGGCAAGCGUGAUCCUUUAGGCGAUGUUGACUGGUUUCCGAACGGAGUUCAACCACUGCCACCGGGUUGCUUUUCUAUUACGUGCGCUCAUCAGCGCGCAGUGGACUAUUUUGCUGAAUCCACGUAUCCAGGAAACGAGUACAAUUUUAUGGGAGUGAAAUGUAGUUCAUUAUUUGCAUUAACCACAAACAGUUGUCCGGGAGAAAGUUUUCCAAUGGGCUACGCCACACCAAGCUACUUGAAAGGAAACUUCUUUUUGAAAACGAACGCCGAAAGUCCAUAUGGAUUGAAUGCAACACGAAAUUUUCAACCCAUUUGUAAUAAUUCACUGAAUAAAAUUGAUGCAUUAUAA